AUGUUGCGUCUUAGACACGUUCAGCUCAUUGCAGUGUCAUUCUUUUCAACGUUUUGCCCAGUAACAAUGGAUCUUUCACGGUUUAUGGUUCUCGUGGGCUUCUUCUUGCUUGGCAGAGGGGCCAGAAAUUCUUUAGUUGAACAUGACAUUACUACCCGCUGUAAUCACCUUACACUUCUCAGAGGUCAGGCGGGAGGGGCUGAGGUCAGCAUGGGGAGAGAGAGAGGCAAAGGCAAAGAGUGUGACAACUUUUCCGAUGUGGACUUCCAUGAGGCAUUCAUUGGAACCAACCUGUACGUGCGUCUGCUCCUGUACACACGUGCCAACCUGGACUGUGGCCACGAGCUUCCUCAUCACAACUUCACCAAAGUGCUGUUGUUCCACGUCACCCGACCUACCACCUUCGUCAUCCAUGGCUACCGGCCCACUGGCGCGCCCCCCAUCUGGAUCAACCACAUCACACGGCUGCUGGUAGAGCAGGCUGACAUGAACGUCCUGGUGGUGGACUGGAACCGUGGAGCUGCCAACCUCAACUACUUCACUGCUGUGGCUAACACACGCCACACCGCCGCCAACAUCACCGCCUUCAUACGCAGGAUGAUGGAUGAGGGAGCGUGUCUCAACUCGAUCCAUCUCAUUGGAGUGAGUCUGGGUGCACAUGUGGCUGGGUUUAUAGGAGCUAUGCUGGGAGGCCGAGUGGGACGAAUCACAGGUCUGGACCCUGCUGGCCCUAUGUUUGCAAGUGUGCCUCCAGAGGAGCGCCUGGAUCCAACCGAUGCUCAGUUUGUAGACAUCUUACACACAGAUAUGAACUCAUUUGGCCUCAGAGGACCUAAUGGUCAUAUCGAUUUCUACGCCAAUGGUGGACUUGACCAGCCUGGGUGCCCCAAGACUAUAUUCUCAGGAAAGUCCUACUUUGUUUGCGACCACCAGCGCUCUGUUUUUCUCUACCUGUGCUCUCUAAACCGCACCUGUCACCUCACCGCUUAUCCAUGCUCCUCCUACACUGACUUCAUCAACGGCCAGUGUUUGCAGUGUGAGGCCUUUAAACCAGCGUCCUGCCCUGUUCUGGGAUACAAUUUGAGCCAGUGGAGGGACAAACUGUUGAAACUGGGACAGACAAAAGUCUAUUUCUCUACCACAGCAGAGCCGCCAUACAGAAAGACGAGCUACAUAGUGGACACUGUUAUGUGGAAUCAGUACCUGCGAUGGGGGAUAGUCAUCCUUCGUCUUCACAGCGGCAAAAAUGUAACGGAGGCAAAGAUUGACCAUAAGCUGCUACGCUUUGAGAAACACACCUCUAUGCGACUGCUUGCACAGUUUGACGAGGACUUGUAUCCAGUUCAGAAGAUCUCCUUCCGAAUUGUUACUGGGAACGUAAUCGGACCUCAAUAUAAGAUUCGACUCCUCCGCAUCACGAUUACGCCACUGGAUCUGUUAGAGAGGCCUCCGAUGUGCCGAUAUGACCUCGUCAUGGAGGAGAACACAGAGGUGACCUUUAAACCCCUGUUGUGCGAGGAGUCUCAUCUGUAA